CAUCGAUCUCACAACAAAGUUCAUUCACCCAAAUUAGAACCCCGAUAACCUUGUGCGAUUUUCCCCCUCCAACUUCAUCUUCAAUCUCUGAAAGGCAUCGAUCUCAAUCGCACGGUUCUCUCUGAAGAUUCCCUUCAAUGGCGGGUGGUCCCAGGCGUCGAGGUAGAGAAGGACAACCACGACGCGACAAGACUCAAAGCAAGGGAAAGGAGCAUGUCGUUGUUGAACCAAGCACAUGCGAGGAACAGGAAGCUGUCGUUGAACAAAGCACAUGCCAGGGAAAGGAAGCUGUCGUUCAACCCGAAGUUGAUUUUGCCACGAUUCGAAGCCCUAAUUUCCAAUUUAGGCCUACUGCAGUGAACUUAUUGAAAGUGAUUAUUUGGCAUAAAGGACAUUUUGUGUUUGAACCUACAUGUGAGUAUGUUGAAGGAGUGUGUGUGAUUCUGCCAAGGUUUGAUCCUGAUGAGUUAAGUUCAAUGGAACUACAGAAGUUAGUUCAAGAACUUGGGUAUCCAUCAUACAAGUGUUUGUGGUAUAGGGCUCCUGCUUUAGGAUUGUUUGAUGGUCGCAGACCAUUUAGCGAUGAUAAAGAUGUUCACACCUUUCUGAAAGAUUUGCAAGGGUUCUCUGAAGUUGAAUUUUAUGUUGAGCACUGUGAAGAAGCUAUUAAGUUGCAGGAAGGGAAUCAGGAAGGGGUGAGUCAGAUUUCUGUGGAGGACAUUGAUAUUGACACAGAGUCUGCCUUUGUGAGUAUUGCAAGGGAGGCAGAGACUGCCUUUGAGAGUCAAUCAAGGCGGACUGAGGUACUGAGUAGUGAAGCAAGAGAGGCUGAGGUUAUAAUUGAGGAGGGUGUGCUGCCACCAGUUGUUACUGUGGAGGGGGGAGUUUCUGGGAUUGUUAGUGAGGAGGGUGUGCUGCCUGGGUUUGGGAGGGGUGUGCGGCUUACUGAUGUAGAGAUUGAUGUUGUAAUUGAUGGUGUAUUUGAGGCUGAGAAUAGAGUCUGGGAGGAACAUAUUGUUGUGCAUGAGGAUAGAGAGGGUUAAUGACACAUCAGAUGCUGACAGCUUGGAUGAGGAUUAUGAAGCAUUGACUGAUGAUGAAGAUUCUGAUGAUGUGAGCCUUGAUGACUCUGAUUAUGAUGAGAGAUGGGAGUGGACUACUGUGCUGCCAACUGGAGAUUAUGAAACAGUAACUGCUUUACUUGCUUCAAAAAACCAAAAUUUAUUUGACAAUUUUGAAGAUGAAGAGGGGGAUUCUUCAGACUUAGAUACUCCACCUGGGAGUGAUUCAGAUUCUGAGGAGGUGAGGCCCAAGUUUCCUAAGUACAAGCAAAGUGAAGAUGGUGGUGAAGUCAAAUUUGAGGUAGGUCAGAUCUUUACCUCUGCCGCUCUUCUGAAAAAUCAGUGAAGGACUAUGCCUUGCAGAAUAGGAAGGAUGUUUAUUUGGCAAAAAAUGAUCCAAAAAGGGUUGUAGUCAAAUGUACUAGGGAGUGUAUAUUUUAUCUUAGGGCUUCCAAAUACAAGCAGAACACAUACUUUCAGAUUGUGACAUUAUAUGAUGAUCAUACUUGUGUGAGGACAAGCAAGAACAGGCAGGCUAAGACCAAGUGGAUAGCUAAGAAGUUUGUGUCUAUGCUAAGACACACACCUUCCUUAAAGGUGGGUGCUUUAGUUGAGGAGGCAAAGAUCAGGUGGGGGGGUUUUCUUGUCCAGAUUUCAAUUCGUCUAGAUUUCAAUCCGACCAUCUAAUGGGCCCAGGUUGUGGCCUGUUAGUCUUGCACCACCACUUGAUCCACCUUACAUGAGAAGGGCACCUGGGAGGCCUAAAAAGCAAAGGAGAAAGACAAAUGAUGAGCCCAGAGACCCAAACAGGCUGAGGAGGUACCAAAACACAAUUCAGUGUAAGAGAUGUGGUCAACCAGGGCAUAACAAAAUGACUUGUACUGGGAAGCAAGCAGCUGACAGGGAGAUAUCAGUGGGAGGGAACAAGGAUAAUACACAGAUGCUUCACCCUGAACAGAGAGCAAGUGGGAGUGGAGUUGCACAAGAUGGGAUUGGAGCUGCACAGGAACCAAGGGUUGCUACUAGAAGGAGAGGCAGAAGAGCUAAUGCUACUGGAGCUGCACAAGAGGGGAAUGGUGGUUCUGGAGCUGCACAAGGGGAGAAUGGUGGUACUGGAAUUGCACAAGAUGGGACUGGAGUUGCACAGGAACCAAGGGUUGCUACUAGAAGGAGAGGUAGAAGAGAAAUGCUACUGGAGCUGCAUAAGAGGUAGAAGAUGGGACUGGAUGGAGACUUCCAAGAACAAGGAGACAAGGAAAGCAACCUCAAGUUACACAGGAAUCUCAAGCUACACAACCAGUUCAAUCUCAUCACACAGUUCAAGGUCCACCAAUUCUAACACAAUGCUCACAGACAACAAGCUCAAUCACACGUAAUGCUCCACGGGUUGCAAGUGGAUCUCAGCAAUCUGGAAGGCCUGAUAAGAAGCAGAAGCUUGUUCUAGGAUAAUGUUAUUUUGUGUUUGUCUUAUGUUGACAAUGUUAAUGCUUUCAAGUUGGGUGUAACUUGACUAUGUCAUUUUGUGUUUGUGUAAUGUUGACAAUGUUAAUGGUUCCAAGUUGGGUGUAACUUGACUAUGUCAUUUUGUGUUUGUGUUAUGUUGACAAUGUUAAUGCUUCCAAGGUGUCUGUAACUUGACUAUGUCAUUUUGAUGUUUAUGGAACCAAUAACAAUGGUUUGUUAUGCUA